AUGCAACGGCCAUGCCCAUGCCCAUGCCAUUCAUACCUACCUCACCGAAUCGCCAUGCCAUGCCAGUCCGCACCGCCAUCCAUGUGUUUGCAGAAUGGGCCUGUUCACUUGACGGCAAGUCCUCGGCAUCAAGUCAAAGUCGGUGUGAUUCUGGGAUGCAGAAUUGAGCAUCCUUUUGGCCACACACCCGCCUCCCCCCCCCCACACACACACACUCACAUACCCGCCUCAAAUCUCGCAGGAAAUGCUCAUUGUAAUUUUCCAGGUUGCUGCUCGAGAUACCUUGCUGAUUUGGGAGACACAUACACACACACACACACACACACACACACACAUCGGUACCCGCUGAUGAGAUGGAGGGAUCGAUACAUGGCCACCGAUGGAUGGCCACGCGGUAGUCGUCGACUGCAGCCGCCUUACCGCCGCCUCCCAGGGUCUAGGAAGACGGUUUGUGGGGCCGCCGUCGUGUCCAGCUUAAGCCAGUCUCGACUACCCGCUCACUCUCUUGCGGGGGCCCGCCCGACGAGGGUGCCAAAGCCUGGUGAAGAGGCGGGAAAGGUUGGCAGGCUGGCAGGGUUGCGUACGCUUAGUUUGGCGCUGACCAGGGGGGGAGGGGUGCGGUGGUGUCCCUCAUGUACGCAGCUGUGUUCCAUAAUGAGCAAAUCUGCAUCUUCACCAUGA